AUGGGUCUCUCCGUCUCUCGCCUCCUCUCCGGCCUCUUCGGCAAGAAGGAGAUGCGCAUUCUUAUGGUCGGUCUCGACGCCGCCGGUAAGACCACCAUCCUCUACAAGCUCAAGCUCGGCGAGAUUGUUACCACCAUCCCCACCAUCGGCUUCAACGUCGAGACUGUCGAGUACAAGAACAUCUCGUUCACCGUCUGGGACGUCGGAGGUCAGGACAAGAUUCGUCCCCUCUGGAGGCACUACUUCCAGAACACCCAGGGCAUCAUCUUCGUCGUCGACUCGAACGACAGGGAGCGUAUCACUGAGGCGCGCGAGGAGCUGCAGCGCAUGUUGAGUGAGGACGAGCUUCGCGACGCCCUUCUCCUCGUGUUCGCGAACAAGCAGGACCUUCCCAACGCCAUGAACGCCGCCGAGAUCACCGACAAGCUUGGCCUCCACUCGCUCCGCCAGCGCCAGUGGUACAUCCAGGCUGCGUGUGCGACCUCGGGUGACGGCCUGUACGAGGGCCUGGAAUGGCUCUCGACCAACCUCAAGAAGCGCGGCCAGUAAGCGGCCCGCGGCCUGUUGCCGCUACCGCUCCUUGUCCGCCGGCGCCCGUCUACCCUCUCCCCGCGUCUUUCCCACUCUCGGUCCAACCAUGCCCCAUUUCUCUCCCGUGUCCUAUCGCACUGGCCCUUCGAAAUGAACUAGUAUCCCCUUCGUCCGUGUCUGUGCAGGCAGGCUUGGUAGAGUGAUAUGCCC